GUUCGACGCCAAACGAGCGCUUGCGGUGAGAGAAUGGAAGGUGUUGUUACAACAUCAGAAAAUGCUUUCUCAAAACAGUCAGGUGUAUGCAAGGAGACAAAAAUGAGAGAUCCCAAGGACUUAAAGGUUUCUAUUAUCGGAGGCGGACUGGUAGGAUCUUUGUGUGCAUGCAUUUUAGGCAAAAGAGGAGUCCAAGUAAAACUCUAUGAAUUUCGAGAUGAUAUUCGCCAAAUGGAAGUGGUUCAGGGACGGAGCAUUAACCUGGCGUUGUCCGUUAGGGGUCGAUCUGCAUUAAAACUUGCAGGUUUAGAGGAAGAAGUGAUCGAAAGGCAUGGCAUUCCUAUGAAGGGGAGAAUGGUACAUUCAUUGACUGGACAGAGAAAUCCUGUACCUUAUGACCCUGAAGGACGAUGUAUUUACUCUGUUGGGCGGAGAUUUUUAAAUGAAACUCUACUAACGGCUGCUGAAAAAAAUCCAAAUGUAGAGAUUUUUUUCAAGAAAAAAUUUUUGGACUGCAAUUUUAAAGAGGGAAGUUACAAAGUACUAGGCCCUGAUGGAGGCGUGCGAGAAGACAAAACUGAUUUGCUGAUAGGAUGCGACGGAGCAUACUCAUCUGUCCGACGACAAAUGUUGAAAAUGCCUCGCUUCAACUACAGUCAACAUUACAUCGAGCAUGGGUAUUUGGAACUCUGCAUACCUGCGACAGAAUCAGGCGAAUUUGCCAUGGAAAAGAACUACCUUCACAUAUGGCCCAGGCACACUUUCAUGAUGAUUGCUCUGCCCAAUCAAGACAAGACCUACACUGUCACGCUCUUCAUGCCAUUUGAAAUAUUCGAAUCCAUCAAGACGCCUGACAACCUCAUCCAAUUCUUUAAAACAAAUUUCUCAGAUGCCAUACCUCUCAUCGGAAGGGAGAAAUUGAUUGAGGAUUUUUUCAAAACACCUCCAUCUGCAUUAGUUUCGAUAAAGUGCAAUCCUUAUCACGUUGAGGACAGAGCUCUGAUUUUAGGUGAUGCUGCUCACGCUAUGGUGCCAUUUUAUGGUCAAGGAAUGAAUGCGGGAUUUGAAGAUUGCGAAAUACUGGCUGAACUGCUGGAAGCUUAUAGCUAUGAACCCAAAAAUGUCCUUCCUUUGUUUUCGGAAAGACGACAUCAAGACGCAGAAUCAAUAUGUGAUUUAGCUAUGUACAACUAUGUGGAGAUGAGACACUUGGUGACUUCGAAAAAAUUUUUACUAAGGAAGAAAUUGGAUAAUGCAUUGAACAAACUUUUUCCAAAAUCUUGGAUUCCUUUGUACACAAUGGUUACAUUUUCAAAGCUGCGCUAUUCUCACUGCAUUUAUAGAAAACACAUGCAAGACAAGAUACUGGCGACAUUUUUGUGGGCCACAGGAAUACUUUUAUUCUCGAUUUUAAUUGGUAUGUUCACAAGAAUAACACUUUGAUCAGCUAAGAAUAGCCUUAUUCCAAAAGAGAGCUUCUUUUUUUAAUGAAAUUAUAAAUAACAUUUAUAAUACAUAUUUUGUACAAAAGCUAAUGUUUAAUAAAAUUGUUGUAUUUGCUUAUUUAAAUAAGUAAAUAGGGAAAUUCCGAGGAGAAGUCCAAAAAUGCAUUCGCCAUUAGCGUGUGGAGAGUCAUAGAGUAAGGAAGUACGUUAGUUUCUGUCUUGAUUUUCAACUAGGUUAAAAUCUCUUGAUUUUUAAAAUUAUAUGGAACUAAAAACAACAUUACACUUAGUUCUAAAGGAAAGUAUCAUGGAAAUUUUAAAAAAUAUUUUUAUUACAUAAAAAGGAAAAAUAUUAAGAAAGGGGAAAAUAUUGUAGUACAUUCCUAUACAACUGGAAAGAGGACAGGGAAUGGCCAAAGGCAUGAAACGGGUCUCACCCUAGAUGGCGUAUUCGAGCAUUGCGAUCGCCAAUUAAUCAUACCGCUUUAUAAGUUUCAAAAAACCCCUCAGGCUCUUCAUACUAAAGCAGCAUGGAACUGCUUGUGUGACUUCAGCACAGAAUACAAAGCACUUUUCACCAAAAUUCUUGUUCAAAACUAAAUCAAAGCAGGUGCAACUCAUUCAGGGUGUGAAGUCAAAUCUUUCAACAAAAAUAAGCACCUGUUAAGCACUCAAAAAAUAUUUUUAAGCACUAUAUACAUUAACAAAACGCUAUUAUAAUUUUCAAAGGCUUUACACGAUAAAACAUGUCUUUGACAAAAGAAUUUUUUGUUGUUGUAUUAGCCAUUACAAAAUGAUCAAGAGAUCACAAGUACUUCAGAUCGUAAGGACUCGCAAGCAUUUCAUCAAACAUGUAAAAUGAUUGGAGCUUUCAUGCACUUCGAACGAACCGACGGUACGCUCAAAUAGAUUGUGGUUGAAUGAAUUGUGAGAACAUUGAAUAGAACAAAGUGAAAACCACGCUUUUAUAUAAUACGCAGCGAAAAUCGACAAGGAAAAGAAAAAAUAUCUCAUUUUCGAAAAGGGAAAGUUAAGCACUUCUUUAAAACACCCAAUGACAAAAAGCAUCAUUAAGGGCUUUUAAAAAAACGAACAUUGAAAAUAAGAACCUUUAAGUACCUUUCCAAAACGCUACGCGCCAUGUCAUUGGCUGCGAGAUCAGUACUGUGUGGUAGAUGGUCUCAGCAAAUAGUUGGAACAUCCUUUUGCAACGAUGUGAGUGAGGUCUCACAUUGUCAUCAGCAAAAAAUGUGAGAUGGCCAGACUAUGACCAUAAUACAUAGCAUUAAUGGUUCUAACCCCCCAAAAAGUCAAGCAACAUAACUCCUUGGGAUCAAAUCUUAAAUAACACAAGCCGUUCAGUGCUUUUUCAGCAUGCAGAGCUCUGAUAUUUCUUCUGGGAGAAUUUUAGAAGCUUAUAAAAUAGUGUAAUAAAUGUACUUGAUAACCAUGUGGACACGUCUUAUCAAUAAUGGCUGGGAGAAUUUAAGAAGUUUAUAAAAUAGUGUAAUAAAUGUACUUGAUAACCACGUGGACACGUCUUAUCAAUAAUGGCUUUUUAUAUUCUCUAUCAUAGACACUUCUGACCACAGUCACCAGCUUAGUCAGGAAUCAUGCAAAAUGCUGAUAAUAGAGAGAUUCCACACUUUUCCGCGUAUGUAAGAUUUGAAUCAACUGCGCAUGCUUGCGUUUAUUUUAGAUGAUGGGUAUCUUUACGUUGUGCUGGCGUGAUUAACGCCACAAAGACAAAACUACAAGCACAUUGUUUAUAGCUAUCUUCUGUUUAAGCCUACCUUCCGACUUAAAACAUGGAAUGCGAAUUUGAAGAAAUAUAUUGAUGAAAUUUAGAAAUGAAUGGUGAGGUAUUACAACAAUUUGUUGAAUGAAGAGAUCAUCCAUGUCCAUUGUAAAUGUUUGUUUUGAUUUCGUAGUCAAAACUAUAUUCCACUACGUUAGCAUUUUUAACAUAUGGUUUUUUGAGAGAUCUCUUACUUUCACUUAUGUAAGUUUGAUAUUUUUUUAUGGGGGCACAUGAGCAUUUGCUUCAAAUCUUACUUAACGGGAGUGCACAGAAGCUAAAGAAAAUUUGCAAAAUCUCCCUAUUAACAAAUAUCUUGAAACAUAGCUUGCACAUUUCACAAUUGAUGGCGGCAGAGUUUUGAAUUAAAAAAAGGGUUUCCAAAGUAAUAGAUGAAAAGAGACACACUGUAAAAUAAACAAUAAAUGUUACAAGAAAGAACAACACAGAAACUGUAACUAAAAUGUAUAAAAAUCAGAAUUUUAAUUAAACCAUUAGACCAGGAGAAACAGUAUUUCAAAAUGCAGUAGAGUUGGCAGCUAUACAAUCACAUUUUAUCGUGCAAAUGUUUACUACAGUAUAAUUGCUACGUAAGAAAAAAAAAUACAGGAUGGUUACAUUUCUCUUGCCUGAAUGAAGACUAUUAUGUUCAAGGUUGCUGCAAGUUUUGCCUGCCUUAAAAAACUCAAAUGAAAUAUUUAAAUUUGUAGCUACGAACUGCA